UUGAAGGCUAUGGCUGGCGAGCAGGUGAGUCCAGCCACCUCCCAGAGGAGCAGCCAGGCCACCGCCCGGACGGCCACGGCCGGGGUAGCCAGGACGCCGGAGAACGCGCGCCCCAGAAGAGCGCGCGGGGACAAACUGCGGUCGGAGGAACCUGCACACGCCUCACACCGCUCCUAGAGCGCGCUGUCACGGAGUUAGAGACCGGGACGGAAGACUCAAUGCGCGCACGCCAGCGGUCCAGCAGUUACCCUGCUCCCCGCAUCCCCGGCCCCCGAAAGUUCCGGCGUCAAGGAGGCCGCGGUCCGCCCCCUCGUCGCCCCGCCCCUCGCACUCCCGGUCGGGGGUGGAGCGAGGAGCGGCGGAAGCGCCGUGACGUGUGCCAGGGCAGUUGCUCUAGGGACCGCUCCGCGGGACCCCAGCAUGACUCUGAGCUCCGCGCGGUGUCCUGGGGAUAGCCUAGCCCAGCUCCCGGCGUCCACCUCCACUUCCAGGUAUUUGCCGAUGUGGGCCUCCUGCCGGGGUAUUCACCCCACGGUGCGGAGCUGUGGCUGUCGCCUCUUUCUGCUGCGCCAGGCUGCGCCUGGCCUCAAAGUCGAGUGCUCCUAGGUGUCCUACGGUUAGUGGAAACACCCCCUCACGGAGAUUUUAGACGUUGACCUGCAGAAGAUGCAUUUUAUGUACUUCUCUAUGGCAGGAAGUCAUUAUGCGACUAACACAUUUUCAUCAGAUUUCCUCUGAUUUACCGUGAAGUGUAUGUGAGAAUGAUGUGCACUGCCAAGAAAUGUGGAAUUAGGUUCCAGCCUCCGGCUGUUAUCUUAAUCUAUGAGAAUGAAAUGAAGGGGAAAAGUCGCCAGCGCAUCAUGCCUGUCCGAAACUUUUCAAAGUAUUCAGAUUGCAGCAGAGCUGCUGAACAAUUAAAGAAUAAUCCACGACACAAGGGUUACCUGGAACAGGUAUCCCUGAAGCAACUGGAGAAGUUAUUCAGUUUUUUACGAGGUUACUUGUGGGGGCAGAGUUUGGCAGAAACAAUGGAACAAAUUCAGCGGGAAACAACCAUUGAUCCUGAGGAAGACCUGAACAAACUAGAUGACAAGGAACUUGCCAAAAGGAAGAGCAUCAUGGAUGAACUUUUUGAGAAAAAUCAGAAGAAGAAGGAUGAUCCAAAUUUUGUUUAUGACAUUGAAGUGGAGUUCCCACAGGAUGAACAACUACAGUCCUGUGGCUGGGACACAGAGUCAGCUGACGAGUCCUGAUAACCAAAAACUAAAAAAAAAAAGUAUUGGGUAGCAGAAAAUCCAUGUUUAUACAAGACCAUAGAUUGGUUGUAGAAAAAUCUGUAAAGAACACUAUGCAUAUUGGGUCAUGUUUGGAUUGACCAUGUUACUUUUCAAAACCAAGAUAUGUAGAGCAUCUACUAUGUAGGUGCAUAUGGAAUAUAGGGAAAACAAUAUAGGAAUCUGCCUUUAAGGAGCUUACAGUCUAAUUGGAAGAUAAGUCAAAAGCUUAUGAAAAACUAGUUUAAUGGUAUUAGGAAGCAUUAGAUCCAAAUGCUUGAUAAAGGCUAGAGAGGAUCAGAACCUAGAUUACGGUAGGGUAGAAUAGUCAGGGAGGACUUUGUCCAUCAGUGGCAAGAUGGUACUUUGCCUGGCCCUUGAAAUGGUAGUAUUUGGAUAGAAGCUUAUAUAGGAUUCCAGAUUAAACUGGGAGGAAAAAAAGGGGGAUGUUGCAGGGGAUUGGUAAAGAGAGAGGAAUUAGAACGUUUUACUUGAGGAAAAGUAAGCAAAUUAUAGUUUGAUAAGAUCAGAGGGUAUAUGUGGUUGCCAGGGGAUUAUUCUUUUUUUUUUUUUUAAUUUUAUUUAUUUAUUUAUUUUUGUCUGUGUUGGGUCUUCGUUUCUGUGCGAGGGCUUUCUCUACUUGUGGCAAGCGGGGGCCACUCUUCAUCGCGGUGCGCAGGCCUCUUCUGUCACGGCCUCUCUUGUUGCCGAGCACAGGCUCCAGACGCGCAGGCUCAGUAGUUGUGGCUCACGGGCCUAGUUGCUCCGCGGCAUGUGGGAUCUUCCCAGACCAGGGCUCGAACCCGUGUCCCCUGAAUUAGCAGGCAGAUUCUCAACCACUGCGCCACCAGGGAAGCCCCAGGGGAUUAUUCUUUAUGCAUUGUUUUUAUAUCUAUUUAACUCUGGAGUAGAAGAGUAGCCCUGCAGAAUGCCCUGCAGCUUCAAGUGGAUGUAAUCUGAUGGAUAGCAGGGGAAUUCUGCCCCAUCCCCCUGCCCCAGUAUCAGGAAAUAUGUACUAAAGACAUUCUGAAACCCUGAACCUCUUCCCAUAAAUAAGAGGUUUGUUUGUAAAAUGGGAAAUCUACCCAUAAUAAAUGAACAUAUGUACAGCCAGUUUAGGCCUAUUCAUGAGUUUGUAUCUCCAAAGAGAAGAUCUUUGUUGAACAAGGUUAUAUAUGUACAGAUAUAUCUUUCUUCAUAUUAGAAUAUCAUUUAAUUGGUAGAAAUCCUGUUUUCUGCAAGGAAAUUAAUACCCAUUAAAUAAAGCUAUAAAAGUUACUCAUUCUUUCCACCUGUCCAUCCCUACUCUCCUUACCAUUAAAAGCCUCAUUAAAGAGGUCAUUCUUGGGCUUCCCUGGUGGUGCAGUGGUUGAGAGUCCGCCUGCCGAUGCAGGGGACACGGGUCCGUGCUCCGGUCCAGGAAGAUCCCACAUGCCGCGGAGCGGCUGGGCCCGUGAGCCAUGGCCGCUGAACCUGUGCGUCCGGAGCCUGUGCUCCGCAAUGGGAGAGGCCACAGCAGUGAGAGGCCCGCGAACCGCAAAAACAAAAAACAAACAAACAAAAAAAACACUGCAAUGAGGUAUCACCUCACACCAGUCAGAAUGGCCGUCAUCAAAAAGUCUACAAAUAGGGACUUCCCUGGUGGUACAGUGGUUAGGAAUCCGCCUGCCAAUGCAGGGGAUACGGGUUCGAGCCCUGGUCCGGAAGAUCCCACAUACUGCGGAGCAACUAAGCCUGUACGCCACAACUACUGAGCCUGUGCUCUAGAGCCCGCGAGCCACAACUACUGAGCCCAUGCGCCACAACUACUGAAGCCCGUGCGCCUACAGCCCGUGCUCCCCAACAAGAGAAGCCACUGCAACGAGAAGCCCCCACACCGCAAUGAAGAGUAGACCCCGCUCGCCGCAACUAGAGAAAGCCUGCGCGCAGCAACGGAGACCCAACACAGCCAAAAUUAAAUAAAUUAAUUAAUUUUUUAAAAAAGUCUACAAAUAAUAAAGGCUGGAGAGGGUGUGGAGCAAAGGGAACCCACCUACACUGCUGGUGGGAAUAUAAAUUGGUGCAGCCACUAUGGAGAACAGUAUGGCGAUUCCUUAAAAAAACUGAAAACAGAAUUACCAUAUGACCCAGCAAUCCCACUACUGGGCAUAUACCCAGAGAAAAGCAUAAUUCAAAAAGACACAUGCACCCCAAUGUUCACUGCAGCACUAUUUACAAUAGACAGGACAUGGAAGCAACCUAAAUGUCCAUCACAGAGGAAUGGAUAAAGAAGAUGUGGUACAUGUAUACCAUAGAGUAUUAACCAUAAAAAAGAACGAAAUAUUGCCAUUUGCAGCAACAUGGAUGGACCUAGAGAUUGUCAUACUGAGUGAAGUAAGUCAGACAGAGAAAGACAAACAUCGUAUGAUACCACUUAUAUGUGGAAUCCUAAAAAAUGGUACAAAUGAACUUAUCUACAAAACAGAAAUAGAGUCACAGAUGUAGAAAACAAGCUUAUGAUGGUUACCAGGGGGGAAAGCAGGGUGGCUGGGGAGGGAUAAAUUGUGAGGUUGGGAUUGACAUAUACACACUACUACAUAUAAAAUAGAUAACUAAUAAGGACCUACUGUAUAGCACAGGGAACUCUACUCAGUACUCUGUAAUGACCUAUAUGGGACAAGAAUCUAAAAAACAGUGGAUAUAUAUAUAUGUAUAACUGAUGCACUUUGCUGUACACCUAAAACUAACACAUAACUGUAAAUCAACUAUGAUCCAAUAAAAUUUUAUAAAAAAAUAAAGGAAAGGGAAGUAAGAGAGAAGACUGAUGAUAGUCCAGUUAUGAUGUCAGGGGCAGGUUCAUGAUUUCAGUCUUCUUUUUUUUUGUUUUAAUUAAUUAAUUAUUUUUUGGCUG